AUGUCGUCUCGAAUCAUGUGUUCCCAAUGGCCUCCAGCACCCUGCGUCGAAGACGAGCCGGAUUCCCUCGCCCGCGAAUUAGAUGGACUCGCCAACAUGGGCGACAAACCCGGACUCGAGGGUGCCUGUACCCGGGGCAAUGUUGACCAGAUCCCGGUUAUCAUGACUCCCAACAUGGCUUCGUCAUCGUCAUUCUGCUCUUUCACUUCUGUCCCCAAUGUGCCCGGACCGGGCAGCAAUGUCUCGUCAGACGACAGUUCCGGCCCGAUCACGCCGCCUGCAACUCACGAUCCGGUUUUCGAUGCAACAGCCGGAUCGCGCUUGGACGGUUGCCCUCAGCGGGCUCCGUCGUCUUCGUCAAGCAGGAUCCGGGGCCGAGCAUCCCAGCCUGAAGUCUUUCAGAAACCCCUCUGUGAACUCAACACGCCAUGGCCAUCCCGCCCACCCUCUUUGUCGCGGGGAAACAAUUACAACGGAGUCUCGGUAGAGAGUACUUCUCACGAUUCGCAUGGAAUGGAAGGGCCCGGUCACUCGCGUCCCCGUGGCCCUGUGUAUAGCAAGCAUCCAGUGAAACCCGUGAACGUUUCAACGCUCGCAGAUCGAAUGGAGGAAAAGCUCAAAUUGAGACAGAAGCAGCGCGAGUCCGUGCCAAUAUCUAAUCCGGAAUCACGCAAGCACACCACAAAGGGUGAAUCUCUUAACACAGGAGUGGGUUCUAGCGUUCCAACUUCGGCGCCUCAUUCACCAUCUCCCAAACCUCGUGCUGCCCCGAGCACUCGAUCAUAUCAUGAACAGCUUCCGCCCACCUGCAAAAGCCACUUCGAGACCCCCAAGUCAGGACAGGUCACAAUCCCGGCCUAUGCAAAGGAAUGGCUCAAACCGAACCUCGCCCAGCAGGAAUCCUGCUGCCACUCAGCAACCCUCCAACGCCUCAGGACUAUGUCUCGCUCCGUGUCCUCGUGCCACGCCAACUACUUCGUUCCCAGCCAGCCGAAGCCCGCCAGCCAAAAGACCCGCUGCACAUUCUCCAAUCCAUGGACCCGGCUCGCCUGGACACAGAUGAUCAAAAAUCAUCACGACAGUCUCGAGAUGCUCUACCAAAUGACCCGGCCGCCACCAGGAGCAUGGCCGUGCCCGGGUCGCACCGCAACCGAGCAAACCUGGCACCGAAUCAUCGAUCCAGAGACAGGCUCAUACCUCCCCCCGCUUCUACAUGUGUGGCGACUGUGCCCGCAACAACACUCCUGUGACCUGGUAACCAGCAGCCCGCGCUUCAUCCGCUUCAUCGACCUCCUCGACGCGGCUGCCACGCGCGCUGAAGCAUCACACUUACCCCGGCCCGACACCCGUGAACUCAUUGCCUACGCCCGCCGCAAAGUCGCCCUGCGCGACUGCCGACGAGACCGCCCCGUAUUCUCAACGUGGCACUAUAUCGCCGCAUUACCAGAGCUCUCCGUCUGCGAAGACUGCUACGACGAAGUGAUCUGGCCGCUCGUGCGAGCCCGCCACCGGAUCGCCCGCUUAUUUUGUCCGUCUCUCCAUCUUUUGCCCGGUGAGGGGCCGAAUCACUGCCGCAGAGCGAGUUGCCAGAUGUACUCGCCGCGCAUGCGUGCUUGGUUCCGGGAUGCGGUGGUUCAAGAUGACUUUGCGACGCUAUGCUCGGUUGCGCUGAGGCGCUUUGACGCUGAGCGCAGGUUUCAUCAUCGUAGGGAUGAGCUGCUUGAGGCUGAGGCGAGGGGGUAUCAUGUUUCUGAUGAGAUGAGGAAGGCAGUGGAGGAGUGGAGGAGAUGGGAGUGA